AUGAGCCCAGAUGCAGCGCCAGCGUCUGUGAGUAGCGGUGGCAUUUCUGCAGAAGCUGUUCAGGCCGAAGUUGCAAGACAGUUGGAAACCGCGAUGGGUGACGUCAUGCAGCGGCUCAACAUGGAAAGGAGGAGAACAGAAGAAGCAAGAGAUGAGGCCCGUCGACUACGAGAACAAUUGGAACGGCAGGAGAACCAGGUUCCAGCAAUCACAUGGGAACCCUCGAGGCUGGCAGUUCCCACGGAGCCUCCUGGGGAAGCUUAUGGUGAGCCUGGCCAAUCUGGUGGUCGCGGUGAAGGAGACGUUCUCAUCACCUUGGCUCGAGGAAUCGAGGCGCUUUUGCAGCAGAGCCAGAGUGGCCGUGGGGACAAACCAGAGACGGUGAAGCCGGGCAUCAAUGAGUUGCCAGUCCUCGCGGAGUAUCAGCCGGCUACGGGGUCAAUCGACCUCUUGAACUGGAUCACUCAUAUUGGUCCGAUAAUGGAGGAUCUUUCGGAUACCAGUCUGGCCUGGUGGGAGGCGACAAUGAACGAUGUGCUCCGAUGGUACCAGGCCUACAGUACGUCGGCACCAUUGGCGAGGUUACAGCUACGACCGCGGCCUUCAACCCCACUGAAGCCAGAAUGGGCCAGAGUGGAGAGAAGGGCAACUGCUAUGUUGCUCAGCGCAGUGCCCAAACAGGUGCGAGAAGAAGUGAUAGCUCAUGGAGAGGUCACGUCACUUACGCUGCUGUGCAAACUUUAUGCGGUGUAUCAACCUGGAAAUUUGCAAGAGAAAUCCCUGAUCCUCAAGAUGUUGGAGCAGCCGGAGGAGUGCCAAACCGCUUUGGCUGCUGUGGAGGCCCUUCGUAAGUGGAACCUUUGGCGUAGAAGAGCAGCUUCAGUUGGAAUAGCUGAACCAGAUGCCUCCAUACUUCUUCGUGGAUUGGAUCGUAUCACUGGUGCAGUGGUUCGUGGAAGCGGAGAGUUGUCCUUCAGGGUGAGUUUGAUCAGGAGUACAUUGCAGAUUGAUGUUUGUCCGAGCGCGAGCACUAUAACAUCGUUCGUGCAGCACCUCCAGGCCGAGAUGGAGCAGCAGGCUAGACUGAGCAGUGCCAAGCCGACGGCUGAUGAAUCCUCAGCUUUGAGGGCUAUGGGUCCUAUGCGAGACAAUCCCACUACAACUACACCAGCAUCCCCACCUUCAUCCACAACAACCCCUUCACCUCCAAGGCCACCUUCCAAUUUGUGCCGAUUCUUUGCCUCCGACAAAGGUUGCCGUCGGGGUAACAGCUGCAAGUACCCACAUACUUGGAGCUUGGUGGACAAGUCAACGCGACAAAAGAAGUGCCUCAACUGCGGGGCGCAAGGGCAUCGGGCUAAGGAGUGCAAGGCUCCAGGAGGAGGAUCUGCUGUCCAAAAGGGAGCCUCGAAAGGAGACUCCGUUGGGGCGAGCGAUACUGGAGCUACUUCAACCUCUACCCCCACCUCUGAGUCUUCCCGGCGGGUGAACUUUGAUGUGACGGACAUCCAGGCUAAGGUGUUCAGGGUGUUGAAUGAGUUCAAGAAUGUGCCGGUAUUUGGCCCUGUGGUGGCAUCUUUGGGAGCGUGGGGUCAUGACAAGUUGUUUGGAGCACCGACCUCACGACGAGCACUCUUGGAUUCAGGUGCCACUCAUCCGUUGAGGCAUCCGCGUGAUUGUGGAGAAUGGGACCAAGCCAAGGACGUGAGUGUGCAGCUUGCAGGAGAUUCCCGCAUACAGAUGAAACAGACGGAUUCCGGCACCCUCCUCAGCACGGACGACUUGUCACAAAUGAUAGUUCCUCUUGGGAAGGUGAUAACCACCCUUGGCUAUAGACUGAGCUGGUCAGCAACAGAGUGUCAACUGGUUGGGCCGAACGAUGAGAUCAUUCCCCUUGUGUUGAGGAAUGGAUGCCCUGAGAUAAGCGAGAAGGCCGCGUAUCAGUUGAUACAACAGCUGGAGGAGCAGCAGUUAGCUGAGCUGGAUGACACCACCCAAGCUAGCAUGAGGACAAUUACACGCUUGAAGGCGAGUUGGUGGUCUUACCUCAAGAACUACGUGCGUACUGGCGAAAAGGACCAAGCGUACAAUGCCAUCGAUAAGGCGGCCUUCUUCAACUACAAGGAUAACAUCAAAGAGCAGUUGGUGGGCAUGGAGUCCGAGUGCUCCGUGUGGGACCUUCUCAAGCAGCUGCCCGUGAACCGCCGAGCACGGAAAAGAUUGUUGAGAGCAGAGGCGUGGAUUGUGAGAUGGGAUCCGCCUACUGUUGAUCGUACACAGGACUAUGUGAAGCAGUUUUCCUACCUCGGCGACCAGGUGUAUGUCAACCUCAACAAUUUGCUGGCGACCAGUGAUUUUGGUGAUGUGUGGAAGGUUGUACAAUGGGCGGCCCUACAUGGACGGGUGGGUUCAGUUGUUACACGAGACGCACCGGGGAAGCCUAUGGACCAGCUUACAGCAGCACCUCAUCGGAGCAAGGUCCACUACCUUCACGCAUUGUCGGCGGCAGCAAGAGAAGUUAUUGGAGGAGGAGCAGUCAAUUUGUUUGUUGAGGAUCUUGACAAGGUUGAAAAAUGGAAUGAUGACGCGGGGCCAGCUGACUCCCUUUGGCCUCCGUGGACCAGGUGCAAGGAUACCCGUGAGUACCUCGAUGAGAUGGGCUUGUUGGAUGUGUCUGUUGCUCGCUUUCCAGUUGCAGGACAGAUGAGGAUAUACAAGUUGAACUCAGAAGCUGCGUGGCGCUUGCAUGUUGCCCGCAACCACCAGCCCUUCAGGAGAGACUGUUCUGUUUGUGUCAGGAACAGCGCGGCGGGACACCAGCACCGAUCCACGGCACAUCCGAUGGCGUAUAGCUUGAGCGUUGAUGUGGUGGGCCCUCUUAAGGGAUUUGGACGGUCCCCCGACGGCAAGUUUUUCAAGUACUUUGUGAUUGGCGCCUUCAGGAUUCCGAAGGUUGAAGGAGCUGAGGGUCACGGCGAAGUUCGAGGACAUCCUCUACCUCCUCUCGAAGAGGAUCUGGACGAGGACCAGAUCUCUGAAGAUGAAGAUGAGAUUGUCGAUGUGCCAGAGGGUGGUGGUGUUCCUGAGUCUGAGGUUGACAAGGAGAAGCAGCAAUGGAAUGAGUUGAUGUCAACGUUUAAGGAGCCUAUCCCUACAACAACCUUGUACUUUGCGGUGCCCGUUAACAACAAGAAAGCUGUUACCAUGCUUCCAGCUGUCCAAAGGAUCGUCGCGGAUGUGAAGGCGCUUGGCUAUCCAGUUACAAGACUCCACUCCGACAGGGGAGGAGAGUUCAGAGGCAAUUUGGUCCGAAAGUGGGCCCUGGGACAAGGAAUGUGGCCUACAACCACUUCGGGCUCUGAUUCGGCUGCCAAUGGAGUUGCUGAGUCUGGCGUUCGUUUCUUGAAGCGCAGAGCAAGGGUUUUGUUGGACUGUGCGGGGAUCAGCAAAGACCACUGGCCUACGGCGGUACAGUAUGCAGCGGCCCAGCAAAGGAGCGAGCGAUUGGGUGAAAUUCCUAUGAUGCCGGUGGCCUACGGCACUCGAGUUUAUGUCAAGACGAAGCGCUACAAGACGGGAGCGGUGGAGGACUUUGGUCAUCACUGGACCCGUGGGCGCUACGCCGGGCCAUCUACCGACAUCCGAGGUGGACACGUCAUUAUUAAGGACUCCGGCACCUUCAUCCAGACGACCCAUGUCAGGGUUACCAAGGACCCACCUCCUCUUGAGGAGGUCAUGCCGCCCGUUAUCGUGGAGCCAGAUGAAGUAGAGAUUGAUGAUGCUGAAGGUGCUUCCCAUGAACCUCCUCUACCACCUCCUGCGCUACCACCACCAGUCAAACGAGUACGAACAAAAGGCCCUGUGGCGGCGAAGCUUGAGUCCGACUAUCCCGACUAUGAGGUGUUGUAUGAAGCCCCUCUUUGCGAUGAACCGUUUGGUGAUGGUGGAGCGGAGGUUAAGUAUUUGCGCACGGGGGAGAUUCAGUAUGUUGAGGCUAUUGCUCGACAGCUAUGUGAAGGAGAUUAG